UAGUGAAUAUGGAGAGUGAGACUCCAGAUAAUAUAUUCGAGGAUAUGGAAAACGAAACUCCAGAACAAAUAUUCGAGGAGGAAAUACUGGAGGAGGUCUCUGAGAAGGUUACUGAGAAAGAAGUACCAGUUGAGGCAGCUCAGAAUGAGACACCUGACCAAGUUAAGGCAGUAGUGGAGGAAGCUGCAGAGAAUGUACCUUCAGAUUUUUUGUCUGAAGAAAAGCAUGUUGAGUCAGCAGUGCAAAUGGCUGCGCAGGAAGACGCUGAGAUUGCCGAUGAACAAACUGAAAUUACUGAGAAAGGAGAUGUAGAGGAGGCAGCGACUGAUCAAGACGUUUCUCCAUCCGAGGCUGAAGUGGAACCAGCAGAACCUGAGAAAGAGCCAGAAGAACAAAUUGUCACAGAAGCUAUAAAAUGUACCGAAGAAUCUGAGGAUCUAGCUGAAGUUGCUGAGACAGGACAUACCAUCGAGACAGCAGAUGCAAUUGUUCCUGAAGCUGUCCACGAAGCAACAGAACCAGCGGAGUCCCUCAGGACUGACGAGACUUUAGAUAAGACCAGCUCAGACGAAGGCUCUGAUAAGCCUGCGUCUGAUGUGGAGAUGACUGAGCUGACAGCUAGUAGUGAUGAUGGUUCAGUUGGAGAGAUGCUAGGAGGGGAGGGUGAUGGUGACAUGGGUCCUGCCGAACCUGAGCUGAUGGAAGUUGAGGAGUGCGUAUCUCAAGAAGAGGAUCUUCAAAACCUGACUACAAUCGCCGUCUCAAUAAACGGCAACGUGGUACAAGCCGAAGUGAUCGAACAAGGAGAUGAAGCUGUGAUGGAGCCAGGGGAGGAGGCGGAUGAAGAGGAGGAGCAGGCCACGGUGGAGGAGAACCAACACGACGAAACGGAUAUUGUAACGGAGAUGCCGGAGACCACGACAGUGCCUCCCCAUCCUCGACCUCAGGUGUUCGCUGAGAUUAUUGAAGAAGAAAUCAUUGAGGAGGAAACUGUUGAGGUGCUAAACAACAAGCCCUCCUCACAAGAGCCACCCCUCCACUACAAACACCUAUCACCCUACUACACCACGGCCGGCUCUAACCACAUGCACCAGCACUGUAACCCCGGGUUUCGUGCUGACAGCGGUUAUCCGGGUCAGCCAGUACCUCAGCACUCACUCCGCCCUCCACUUCUUCACCACAACUACCACCCACAAUACCCCCAACAGCAACAUAUUUACUCACAGUCUGGGGGCCAUGUUUAUUCCGAACAUUUUUCUUAUUCUCACGAUGAUCAGCGUAAUUGUAAUAAUGUUGGCCGAUGGUUGUUUGAGAAACCCAAAGAAAAUGCAAAUAUGAUAAACAACCGCGAAGAGAAGCAAAGACACCAGUCAGACGACAUUAUUACCUCUCUGGACGCACCAGCCCCUCACUCCACCACUUCUAGGAGGCUACAAGCUCGAGAAGAUGCAGCUAAACGCAAGGACGAGUCUAUGUUACUUUCCACUAAGAAGAUUAUCGACAGUACAGAUGAUGUGCUCCGCUCUGCACAGGCUCUUUUGAAGAGUACUGAGAAUAAGGAUGGAGUGGAAGAAUCAGCUGGAAAACAACCCAGCAGAUACCCAGCUGGUGACAUUUAUCAGCCUCAGCCACGCGAAAAACGACAGAAGAAAAAGAAGUCUAAGCCUGAUCUCCAAAAAGAAAAGGAGAUUGACCCAGAUUACGAUCCUGAAGACGAUUUCGACGACAAAGAGUUCUUGUCUCCUAAAGAUCUUGAGUCAGCAGCUUUCGCAAGCAGAUUACCUGCCGAUCGUAUGACGAAACAGGAAGCCAUUAGUUUCUCUGAAAUUUUCAACGUGAAGGAUUCCCAAGCUCACUUUCUUUACAUUAGAAACAGACUGUUGUUUGUCUGGUUGGAAGACCCGAAGAACAAGCUCACUGUUGAAAACGCUCUGCCCAGAAUAGAGCCUCCUCACAACGAGGAUGAGGAGUUGGUAGAACGUGUUUAUGAGUAUCUGAACAGAUACGGGUUUAUAAACUUCGGAGUGUACGCCUCACCCAAACUCCCAGAACCCUCCUCGACCGCUCCUAAAGUUCUUGUUGUCGGUGCUGGUAUAUCAGGUCUUACAGCUGCAAGACAACUCCAAGAAUUCGGAAUUAACGUGGAUGUUAUCGAAGCUCGAUCCGUUGUUGGCGGCAGAGUUUGCACCUUUAAAGACGGAAACUACGUUGCAGAUCUGGGUGCAAUGGUGGUAACAGGCCUUGGAGGGAACCCACUGGCAGUGCUCGCCAAACAGCUGAACCUAGAAUUGAUGCCAAUAAAACAAGAUUGUCCGCUGUACGAAUUUACAGGACAGAUGGUUCCCAAAGAGCGUGAUGAGCGGGUUGAGCGGGAGUUUAACAGGUUGUUAGAGGCUACAACCUACAUGUCACACCAAUUAAAUGUGAACAGCAUCAACGGUAGGCCGGUAUCUCUUGGUCAAGCUCUGGAGAUUAUUAUUAAGUUGCAGAUAAGGCAGGUAAAGGAGAAGCAGCUGAAGCAUGGGCGUGAGAGGUGCGAGAUUCAGGAGAAGUUGAACCAUAUUCAGCAAGCAUUGUUCCCUCUUCACGAGAAAAUCAAAGACUCUCACUCCAAAUACUUGGAAUUAAAAAUGAAGCAUGAGGAACUCUCAGACCAACUUGGUGAAGUUAUCCGGGACCAAAAGGCCGAGUUUGAAGUCAAAGCAGCCUACAAGGUCAUGUUGGAAACAUUCGCUGAAUACGACGCUCUCUUGAAAGAACAACAAGAGCUUGAGGUUCAGUUGACAAAAAUGGAGCAGAUGGUCCCCAAUGAGAUUUACAUGACCCCCCAAGAGAGACAUGUUUUAGAUUGGCAUUGUGCCAACCUGGAGUUUGCAAAUGCGGCCCCUCUCUCGGCACUAUCUUUAAAACACUGGGACCAGGACGACGAUUUUGAGUUUACUGGAAACCAUCUCGUUGUUCAUGACGGGAUGUCAACAAUAACAGAAGCAAUGUCCAAGGGUCUAAACAUUCGCCACAAUACCGCGUGUGUCGGCAUCAAAUACACGGACAGUGGAGUUGAAGUAGCGACAAGAGAAGUGAACCAAGUUAACAGCAGCUGGGCAACCAACACCACAAAUACCAUCACUGCAGAUGCUGUGCUGUUGACAAUCCCUCUGGGGGUUCUUAAGAAGGAGAAACUGAAGUUCGAUCCGCCUCUGCCUGAGUGGAAGACGUCUGCUAUCAAGAGGAUGGGAUUCGGCAACCUCAACAAGGUGGUGUUGUGUUUCAACAAGGUAUUCUGGGACCCGAGUAUCCAUCUCUUUGGUCACGUGUCUAACAGCACCAUAUCACGUGGCGAGCUGUUCCUCUUCUGGAGCGUCUCUAAAGCUCCGGUUCUAAUAGCGCUAAUAGCGGGGGAGGCUGCCACUGUCAUUGAAACUGUUCCUGACGAAGCGAUAGUCGGCAGAGCCAUGACGAUCCUCCGAGCCAUAUUCGGUUUCCAGACUGUUCCUCAGCCCAGCAAACACCGAGUGACGCGCUGGAGAGGGGACCCCUGGGCCCUAGGCUCCUACUCUUAUGUUGCUGCUGGAUCUUCUGGUAGUGAUUACGACGAUCUGGCAAGACCUGUAGCUCCUCAAAAUGCGUCAGGAGCACAUCCCCGAUUAUUCUUCGCGGGAGAGCACACGAUCAGAAACUAUCCGGCCACAGUGCACGGUGCUCUAUUAUCCGGCCUAAGAGAAGCUGGCAGGAUAUCCGACCAGUUCCUCGGUCCACCAUACUCUAAAGACACCACCGUCAACGUCACUACUCCAGCUCAAUGAGAGGAAGUUGUAGUUCAGCUUGAUUCUACUACGCGCUAUCACGUGACUAUAACGCCAAUGUCAGCUUGCUGUUCAUGAUCCACAAUGCUUUAACUCUUUGUAGACGCGGAUGUGUCUUCAACAGAAGGAGACCUGUGCUUGCCGUCGUUAAAAUGUGUUAUUUAAGUACGAUUGCUAAGAUUAUACUGUAUAUGUUAUCGAGCAGUGAGUUUAUUUGAUAUCCAGAACUGGUUUAUAGAUCAGCAGGUUAUCUUAUGAUGAUCCCUUCUUCAAUUUUAAGCAGACGAUGGUCACGUGUCUAGCAGCACCAUAUCACGUGUCUAACAGCACCAUAUCACGUGUCUAACAGCACCAUAUCACGUGUCUAACAGCACCAUAUCACGUGUCUAACAGCACCAUAUCACGUGUCUAACAGCACCAUAUCACGUGUCUAACAGCACCAUAUCACGUGUCUAACAGCACCAUAUCACGUGUCUAGCAGCACCAUAUCACGUGUCUAACAGCAACAUAUCACGUGUCUAACAGCAACAUAUCACGUGUCUAACAGCACCAUAUCACGUGUCUAACAGCACCAUAUCACGUGUCUAGCAGCACCAUAUCACGUGUCUAACAGCACCAUAUCACGUGUCUAACAGCACCAUAUCACGUGUCUAACAGCACCAUAUCACGUGUCUAACAGCACCAUAUCACGUGUCUAACAGCAACAUAUCACGUGUCUAACAGCAACAUAUCACGUGUCUAACAGCACCAUAUCACGUGUCUAACAGCACCAUAUCACGUGUCUAGCAGCACCAUAUCACGUGUCUAGCAGCACCAUAUCACGUGUCUAGCAGCACCAUAUCACGUGUCUAGCAGCACCAUAUCACGUGUCUAACAGCACCAUAUCACGUGUCUAACAGCACCAUAUCACGUGUCUAACAGCACCAUAUCACGUGUCUAACAGCACCAUAUCACGUGUCUAACAGCACCAUAUCACGUGUCUAGCAGCACCAUAUCACGUGUCUAGCAGCACCAUAUCACGUGUUGCAGGAUUGCAUGAGAAUCAUAUUUAGACGAAAGUGGAAAGACUUUCAAUCAAAUAUCCUUUUUAUCUUGUUAUUUGUUAACAGUCUUAAAUCUUUUACAAUGCAGGUAUUUGUGUUAUGUUAUUUUAUUGAGUUCCGUUAUGUUGUGUGGUGAUUACCAGUUACCACAUGACACUAGAUUUUGUGGUUCUCACUGGGCUAUAUGAGCAGUUUAUAGUUGGACAUGAUAGGAUUCUGAAACCAGUUCACGAUAUACCCAUACAUUUUUAAUCGUUCAGCGACCCGCAAUGUUUAAUGCUAUUAGAUCUGGUGUUUUCUUUUCGAAUCAUAUUAUCAUGUAUGAUGUAUAUCAUGUAUACAUAUUAACUAUGUAUCGAGGAAAUAACCAUAUUUGAAUCACAUACACUGCUAAGUUUUUCAAGUCUGGACAUGUUUUUAAAUUAUAUUGUUUAUGUAUUGACUGUUACUUUAAAAUUAAAUUGUCAACACUUUA